AUGUUCAAUACUACAUUCUUGGACAAUGAUCCGUACUCUUGUCGCACAGUUGGCCAGACUGUGGUGGUUGGUAACAGCUCAUUCGUACCAGGCACUACAACAGUGACACAACCAUGUCCAGCCGGCAAUCAGAAUCCAUCGAUCAACUGUGUAUACACAUGCACACAGGACGAUCUGCUGACGGCCGACCUGAACAAGUUCAUCGCCAAGACUGUUGUGGCCACCAUCGAGUCCGUCAUUGAGAAUCUGAUCAUCAUGCCCACCACUGCAUCCCCCGAUGUACUUCAAUUGUCCGCCAAAUAUGCACAGGCUGCCAAAGGCCAAUGCAUCUACGGUAUCAACAUUCCUCAAUCCUACAUCAGUCCAGGCAUUUCAAACAUAGAUACACUCAUCUGGGUCACUGUUAGGCCAGUGGCUGUUCCAACUUCAACUGUUGCAUAUGCAUUGCCUUGUAAUUUGAACUAUGUUACUCCAAGCACAUUCUCAAGACCAUUGGCUGGCGUCAUCAACUUCAAUCCAAGAUUCUAUAAUCAAUUGCUCAACUCUGCCAAUCCUUUGUCAUUCAAGGAGUACGUCAUGGUUGGCCUGCACGAGAUGAUCCAUGCACUGGGCUUCACAUCCAGUCUGUUUGACUCUUACAUUGAUCAAUCGACCGGCGACACCUACGCAAAUGGUGCAGCAAUGGCCGUCACUAGAACAGGCCGCACGCCACUGGGCCGCAGCUACUCAUACCAAAAGUACGCUGUCACCACUCCCAACGUCGUGUCGUUCGUCCAGAGCCACUACAAGUGUGCCGCGGCCGAAUACGCCGAGUUGGAAGACUAUGGUGGCUCGGGAACGGCCAACAGUCAUUGGGAGAAGAGAACAGCGGGCGAGGAGCUGAUGAUCGGAUUUGUCAACCCUAUUGCGCCAGUCUCCAACCUGACUCUGUCUCUCCUGCAGGACACUGGCUGGUACCAAAUCAACAAGAGCAACGCCGACACAUUCAUCUGGGGCAAAAACCUGGGCUGCGACUGGCUGAACCAGUGCAGCAUCGACACAUGGAACUACCAGGGCUACUUCUGUCUGGGCGACGAGCGUCCGGGCUGCACGCCAACCCGUAUGGGCAAGGGCAUGUGCAGUGUGCAGACCUACUCCCAGUCGCUGCCCACUCCCUACCAGCACUUCAACGCGAGCAAUGAGGGUGGCUUCGAUCAGAUCUCUGACUUUUGUCCCUACAACAUCAUCUUUGAUAACGUCAACUCCAACUACUACUGUGUCGACCAGGCCAACAGCAAGAAGGGCGACAGCUCAGUGUUUGAGUUCUUUGGCACUGAUAGCAGAUGCUUCGAGUACACCAAGGGUGGUUCUGACAACAUUGCCUGUUGGCAGCAGCGUUGCAAGGGCACCAAUGUCGAGGUGAACAUUGGUGGACAGUGGGUACUGUGUAGCUCGCCAGGCGCCACCGUCUCAAUCAAUGGUCUUACCCUGGUCUGUCCCCAAGGAUUUGCCGAAUGUGGCGGCGCCAUGCAGAAGGUACAAGUCGAGCCUUCAUCCUCCAUCUCAAUCCAUGCCAACUUCAAUCACAUGAUAGUGGGCACAACCAUACUGCUGCUACUUGCAGUCCUUAUAUAG